AUGGCCGAGCCCCACGUCCCAUCCGAGCACGCACCAGAAAGUUCAUCAUCUUCCUCAGGAACAACUAACACAAACGAAGCUGUAGAGUUCGAGUGCAACAUUUGUUUCGAUUUAGCCCAAGACCCAGUUAUCACGCUUUGCGGCCAUCUCUACUGCUGGCCGUGUCUUUAUAAAUGGCUCCGGGCUCAUUCGCGGGCCCAUGAGUGCCCUGUCUGCAAGGCCCUUAUAGAGGAAGAGAAGGUAAUCCCUCUGUACGGCAGGGGCAAGACACCUACUGACCCAAGGUCGAAGCCCUUUGGUGGGUUUUCGGAUUCAUCCGGAUACCAUUACGGGUUUAGCAAUAACCCGCUUGGUAGGGAGGCCACUCAGGAUGCUCGGGCAGAUGAUGAGAAUUUGAAAAAGAUUCUUUUUAUGAUCAUAUUUUUCUUAUUGGGAGUGAGCUGGGAUAAGAUGGCUAAGGUAGACACUGAUUUUGGGGUGUGGUGGAAUAGUUGGGUGUUUGAAAAAAAGUGGGUUAGGGAGCACAAAAUUGUCCAGAAAGCUAUUGGUGACUGGCAACUGUUUAGGGAAUGUGAGGACACAGUGAGAACUGCAAGGAGAAGAAUAGGGACAGAAGUUAGGGGGAGUGAUGAGGGUGGAGGCAGCAGCAAUGUGAGGAGGUCUAUCAGUAGAAGGGGGGAGGAGCAGAUGGAGAAAAUGGAGAUUGCAGUCAGCUGUUGGGUUCAAAAUGGGAAAUUGGGGUUGGGUGGUAAGGCAUUCUCCGGAAAUAGGGUUCUUCAUUUGUGGGAUACAUCUAGGGACUUCAUGGGAAGUUCAGUGGAGGCCUACAUGGAAGGAGUCUACUGGGUGCUGGACCAGGCUAAAGACAAGGGAUGGAGGGAUAUCAAUUGCUACAUAGGUUGCAGGGCAAUGGUGGAGUGGAUUCAAAGCUUACUUGAAGAUAUGGAGCAGUUGAGUUCUGAUGCCAGGGCUUUCAAGCAACUUUGGGCUUCUUUUAGAUUUUGUGAUUUUAUUUUUGAUGUUUUUCAGUGUAAAGAUUGUAUCCAUUUAGCCAAAAUGGCUUCUCAAGAUGAUUUGUAA